ACUGCACGCAUCGAUUUUAAUAAAUCAUCUAUUUGCUCUUAGAAACGUCUAUCGAACGGACAAAACGCUUUAAAUUUAAUUAUGAAACAUUUCCCUUCAUCAAUGUGUUUAUUUGUCACCAUUUCUAUAGCGACCUAACCUAAAGGAAACUGAAGGUUUAAUGGACAAAAACAACACGACGACGUCAUCUUGGUCGUUUGGACACUAGAUAAUCUUGACCCAAACAAACAUGGCGGGGUCAGCGGGAGGGCGACGGUCGCUCGCCCGGCUCACCUAGCUGGGUUCCCGGGGACAGAGGACACUUGGGCUCCGCUCGGAAACCGAGUACCACACUGCUCUCGACCUUGACGACGUCGACAUGGAUUUGACGCGGUUGGCCGUGGACGCUGGCCAGUUUAUCAACCGGGCUGUCCAGUACACGGGGGAGAGUCUUGGCCAGGUGGACAAGACCAACUUGGACCCCGACCUGGAGGAGCUCCUGACCCAGGUGGACGCCACCAAGACCUGGACGGACCUUAUCGUCUCACAGACGGAGGCCAUGUUGCAGCCCAGCACAGCGGCGCGUCUGGAGGAGCGACUGUACGAGCGUUUGGACUGGCCACCUCUGGCUCGACCUCGCGCUCAAGAGCUCCUGGGAGACCAGAUGAUUCAGGCCGGGCUGGAGAUGGGAGCCAGCAGCCCGUAUGGAACGUCACUGCUGAGGUGCGGCGAGGCUCAGAAGCAGCUCGGAGAGGCCCAGAGGAAGUUUUCCCAAAGCGCCAACAUCCAUUUCCUCAACCCUUUGCGGCGCUUCGGCGAGUGUGAAUAUAGAACUAUGCAGGAGGAGCGCAGGAUGUUGCUGAACAAGCGUCUGGACUUGGACAUAGCCAAGAGCAGACUGAGGAGAGCUCACGAGGCCGAACGAGAGUCCAGGAAGCUGAACGCAAACCCGAUGGCGGACGACUACUUCUCUUCUCACGUGUCCUACGUAUUCAGAUUCAUGCGUGUUCGCUGGAUGAAGAUGUGGGCGCAGGAGAUCUCUCAGGCGGAGAUGGAGCUGAGGAUCUGUGAGUCUUUGUUCCAUCGCCAGUCGGAAGUCACAAGACAGCUUCUGGGAGAACUUAGCAACACACGCGACAAGCACAUGCAGAGCCUGAGCGACUUUGUGGACGCGCAGACAUGUUACUACGCUCAGUGCAAGCAACACGCUCUGGAGCUCCAGAAACAGCUGGCAAGCAUUCCGGCGGUGUUGUGCUCUAACAAGUGGCAAACGUCGGUCAGCAACGGAGCGCCUCGUAAUAAGCAGCCUUGUGCAGCGCAAAAUCGAGUCUCUGCCGCCUCCGCCGUCGUCGUCCACCACCUUCCGGAAUUUGACCAAGAAUCUUGGACGACGGGAGCGAGCGGUAACAACAACAACCAGGAGCCUGAUCACGCCGGUACAAGAGCAGAACAAGAACAUCCUCCAUCUUGUGAGCCGACGUCUCCCAACUGAUUAGGACGCCGCCAUCUCACGAAUCUCUUCCAGUCCAGGUUUUUAACCUGUCCGGACGGGUCUGUGAAGACUAAAUUGAUCAGGGAUGGACAAACGACGGCUCGUGGGUCACAUGCAGUACAGCGCGCACCGUUCGUAGCUAGCAACGAGCGGGAUGCUUUAGAUCCUUGCGUUGUAUUGCGUAGGUCAGGCGUGUCAAACUCAUUUUAGUUUAGGGGCUACAUUCACCUCAAUUUGAUCUCAAACGGGCCGGACCAGUACAUUCCUCGCAUUGUAAGCUAUCAUUUAAGUGGUAAGUGCUCAUAUAAGUGUUUGUCAGUGCGACCUCCAGUGGACAAAAUUAGCAACAACAAUUAGUUUUCUCGACAAACUCCAGUUAAUGUGUUCUCUAUCCCCACGGGCCCAAUUGGGCUGUACGUUCGACACCGCUGCGUGUGCGUUUGUGUGCGUGUGUCUGCUCAUGUGGUUUGGAAGUUGAAUAAGGUGAAAUCGGAUCAUUACAUAAACUUCGACACGCUGCCACGCCCUCAGUGGUCCCAGUAGGUCAAAUGGGUUCCAGUUUCCACAUCCAGAUGUUGUUCAUUUUCCCCUCGUAGAGGCCAUGUUGUGUAGUAUGUAAUGGAGAGGGGGCAUAUAUGGAAACGCAUACAUGAUGUAGUUGAUGACAUCAUCAUGUAAAGGACUGAAGGCCUGCGUGUGCCUGUGCGCUGCCAGUAAGUGGCACAAUGUAGCUGAUGUCACCGCUGAGCUGGCAUGUGUUUAAUGUGGAAAUAAAUAUGCAAACAGUGAUGUGGAGCCCCCAAAGUGUAUUUUAUUUUAUUAUUAUUAUUUUUUUUAAAUACAUUUUUUUUUUUGCAAAUUGUCCCAACAGUUUCUAGAGGAUGUUGAAUUUCGCAAUAUCACACGUUCGGUCAUGUUACAGUGCAACAUUACGACCACAGGUGUAAUAUUGCUUAAAUGCAGCAGUUCUAGAAGGGCUGUUUAUGAGUUAACAUUAAUAAGCAAACACAAAUUAGGUUUUUAUUUAAUCAGUUAUUCGACUCCGCGAACACAAAUAGCAGCAAACAGUGACGUCAUUAGCGUGACAUGCUAACUCGCUAACUAACUGUCUGUCAGCGUCAACACUGACAAUGAUAACAUUAGCAAUGAAUUAAUUGUGUGGAAUUUGCUUGUUGAUGAAUUGUCUUGAAGCUAUGGAUUAAAAAAAAAAAAAAAAAAGUGUCAUACUUGUUUUAAACCUGCAGUGGCGCUAUUGAGUCACACUUGACUAGUUUCCUGUUUGAAGAACGGGGGAAAUUGUGACGUCAGCUACGGGAAGUCUGUCAAAUGAAAAUCUGUGGCGCAAGACCUAAAUUCUUUACCGUUUGACACCUGCCGUGGAAACAGGAGUUCAGAACAUUGGGAGAGCGACAAAAAAGACUAAAAAUAAUUGAGUUUGAGAAUUUGCCUGAUAGUUAAAGAAAUAUAAUCCAAUGCACUGGUUCACUAAUGCAGUGGUUGUCAAACAUUUUACGUCAAGUACCUGCUAAAAAGAUACUUGGCUCUCCAAGGAUCACUCUAAUGGCCAAUAAGAAAAUGCGGUAGCAUAGUAGGCCUAAGUGUUCAUCAGAAAAAAGACUUUUUUUCUAAGAGGAUAUUUCAUCUUCUUGUAAACCACUGGCCUCUAUUGAAUCAUAUGCUUUAUAUUAACAGCAUGACUGUUUUUUAUUGUACUGAAAAAAUACAAUAAUCUCCAAUUGAAUUGUCCCUCGUGGCUGGCUACUUUCCCUUUUUAUAUAUAUAUAUAUAUAUAUAUAUAUAUAUAUGUAUAAAAACAUGUUUUCCAAGUCUUUCCAUUAUCCAACAGCUACAGGAGAUAA